AAUCAGGGAGUCGGUGUCUCGCGGAGCUGCGCUCACCGGAGCCGGCUGCUCUUCCUGUCGCGUUUUGACCGAACAGAAAACGUUUUUAUUUUUAAUCUGAGAGGAUUUAUUUGUGUUGGAGCGGAAGAUGCUGGCGGACAUGAUUGUUGAGGAGGAGUUUGAGAUGAAAGAGGAGGAACCGUGGUACGACAAGCAGGACCUGGAGCAUGAUCUGCAGCUGGCUGCAGAACUCGGGAAGUCUCUUCUGGAGAGGAACCGGGAGCUGGAGCAGGGCCUGCAGCAGAUGUACGCCACCAACCAGGAGCAGCUGCAGGAGAUCGAGCACCUGUCGAAGCAGUUGGACCUCCUCAGGCAGGUGAACGACCAGCACGCUAAAGUUUACGAGCAGCUCGACGUCACCGCCCGCGAGCUGGAGCAGAACAACCAGAGGCUGGUUCUGGACAACAGGACGGCUCAGCAAAAGAUCCAGGGGUUAACGGAAACGGUGGAGCUGCUGCAGACGCAGGUGGAGGAGCUGCAGCGUCAGGUGGACGAGCUGAAGCUGAGUCCGCGCUCGCCUCCAUCGCCUCCAGACAGAGAGAGGUGGUCUCCUCUCAGCUCUCAGAGCGUGUCCUGCCUACAGGAAAUGCAACUAAUGCUCAGCUCUGACGGCGAUCCCGACGAACGCUUCGAUGACCUCGAGUCCUCCGCUGCUUCGUGGCACGACGAGGAGCAGGCGUCGCUGCAGCAGUCGCUCCGCACCCUGCAGACUCAGUUCGCCGCCGAGCGCGCUCGCCGCGAGGAGGCCGAACGAGAAGCCGAGCUGCUGGCGAUGGAAAACGCAACGCUGGAGCAACAGUUAGCCGGGAUGGAGUGGUGCCAGGCUCGAGUGUCCGAGCUGGAACAUGAAGCCGAGGAGCUUCGUCAGCUCUGGAAGUCGGAGUCUUCCUCCAGAUCGACCCGGUCGGGCUUCAUCCACAGCCUGCUGCCGCACUCGCUGCUCCUCAACCCCGAGGAGGAGAGCGCAGGAGAGCCCGCCGCCGCCAGAAGCCCGGCCAUCUUGAAGCGCUGGGCCAGCGAGCGGCUGAUGAGGGCCGCGCAGGCGCCCGACUCCCCCGACGGGCUUUACGACCACGAAUGCUCCUGCGUGCGCCGCGCCGAGGUGGUGAAGUACCGCGGCAUCUCGCUGCUCAACGAAGUCGACGCUCAGUACAGCGCCUUGCAGGUGAAGUACGAGGAGCUGCUGCGGCGCUGCCAGCCGGGGGAGGAGGUGGCCGGGCCGGGCCUCAAGCCUCUGGAGGCCUCAGGAGUCGCUGCAGCUCAGGAGGACUCGGAGGACGGCCGUCACCAGCCGGAGUAUAAAGAACUUUUCAGGAAAAUCUUCUCGCGCAUUCAGAAAACUAAAGAAGACCUGAAUAAAAACCGAGGGAGACCCUGAGCUGCUUCACAUUAAUUAUUAUCGCCUGGAACAAAUUUCCAGGAAGACUUCUUUUAGAAAGAGGGGGCUACAGAAAACCAGCUGAUGUUACAGAUGUGUUUCGUUUUGCACAGAUCCACCAGUGCCUCUGCAGUCUACCUCACAGCUCCGCUCAGAACCAAG